CCCGCAGCUUCAAGCUGGUCCAGCUCCGGAUCUUAUUCCAAACACCAUCAUCGCCUUUUCACCACCUGUCUCCGCUUACGUAUCCUCCGCCUUCUAUACUCCUGUCUGGGCCAAACUGUGGAGGCUCUGUACAACAGAUCUAUCCUUUCGACUCGCCCACGGCAUUCCCUUUUUGACUACGUUCGCCCGAUAGCGUCAUCCCUCUAUCCGCCAUGGCGCUGGACAACUACUAUCGGAACAAGAUUGAGGGCAUGAAGCUCGAGAUCAUCCAGGGCCAGGCAGUUCUUCGACGCUUAGAGGCACAGCGCAAUGACUACAACUCGCGAGUGCGCCUGCUUCGGGAGGAGCUCGGCCUGCUCCAACAACCCGGCUCGUAUGUCGGCGAGGUGGUGAAAGUGAUGAGCACGAAGAAGGUGCUGGUGAAGGUACACCCGGAAGGCAAAUACGUGGUUGAUAUCGCAGAUGGCGUGGACAUUUCCAAGCUCACUGUCGGCAAGCGGGUGGCUCUGCUUUCAGAUUCCUACAAAUUGGAGAAGAUGCUGCCAUCUUCGGUCGACCCGCUCGUAUCACUGAUGAUGGUGGAGAAGGUUCCGGACAGUACAUAUGACAUGAUCGGUGGAUUGGACCAGCAGAUCAAGGAGAUCAAGGAAGUGAUCGAGCUGGGUCUGAAGCACCCGGAGCUGUUCGAGUCCCUGGGUAUCGCACAACCGAAGGGUGUUUUGCUGUACGGUCCUCCAGGUACCGGCAAGACGCUUCUGGCCCGAGCCGUGGCCCAUCACACAGACUGCCGCUUCAUCCGUGUCAGUGGUUCGGAGCUGGUGCAGAAGUAUAUUGGUGAAGGUAGCCGCAUGGUGCGAGAGUUGUUCGUCAUGGCCCGAGAGCACGCGCCCAGUAUCAUCUUCAUGGAUGAGAUUGAUAGCAUUGGCUCUAGCCGGAUAGAUUCGGCAGGCGGUGGUGACUCGGAGGUGCAACGGACCAUGCUGGAACUGCUCAACCAGCUGGAUGGUUUCGAGCCUACCAAGAACAUCAAGAUCAUUAUGGCCACGAAUCGACUGGACAUUCUGGACCCGGCCUUGCUGCGACCAGGGCGUAUUGACCGAAAGAUCGAGUUCCCUCCUCCAUCCGUCGAGGCCCGUGCCGAUAUUCUACGAAUCCACUCUCGGUCGAUGAACUUGACGCGCGGAAUCAACUUGACCAAGAUUGCGGAGAAGAUGAACGGGUGCUCCGGUGCGGAGCUGAAGGGUGUCUGCACGGAGGCUGGCAUGUACGCACUGCGCGAGCGGAGAGUGCACGUUACGCAGGAGGACUUUGACUUGGCGACCGCCAAGAUUCUCAACAAGCACGACGAUAAGGAGGUUGCGGUGUCGAAGUUGUGGAAGUAAAACCGGACCAUCUUGAAGAGGCCGAGAAAUUGCAACAUCUCGAGGCGCCAAGCGAAGGGCGUGCAGCGGUCAUCCUGGGGAAGACCUAGAGUCUGGGGAGGG